GUUGAACCUAAAGAAAGAAGAUUAUAGGUAAAAUGGUCGUCUGAGGACUUUAAUCAAACACCUGUUGUCUUCAAGUAGAGCGUCACAGUCUCACACCUUCAAUAAGAUCUGAGCUGUAGUCCCACCAUGAAAAGACCACAAAGCAGCCUCAGACACCACACUCUCCUCCACCCAUAAACCCAAAAAAUGCCACGCACUUUCUCUCUCCUGCCUCUCUCCUCCUCCGAUCGUCACUCCCCAUCUCCUCCUCCCCACACCAACCAGGGCCACCACUACUCCAAGUCGGAGAAGACCAAAAAACCCCUCUCCCUGCCUCCACUACCCCGCACUCCCCUGCCCUUUUUCGUCAUUUCCGCCGUCUGUCUCUUCGUCGGCGUCGCCGGAAUCGUUUUCUUCCUCUUCGCCGUCCUCCGCCCCAAGCCCCUUCCCGUCUUUCGCUGCGGCCGCAUCGAAGACACCUUCCGGGCAUUCUAUUCUUUGCCGAAUGCUCGACGGAUCGGAGACGCCGGCGGCCUUCCCGAUCGCCCGAAGCUCCUGGGGUUCGUCGGAAUACAGACCGGGUUCUCGUCUGUUGAACGUCGGGCUGCGCUGAGGAGUACUUGGUUUCCUUCCGAUCCUGAGGGCCUUCUUAGGUUGGAGCAAGCUACUGGUUUAGCUUUUAGGUUUGUAAUUGGACGAUCCAAAGACGCAAAGAAGAUGGCAGCACUUGAAAAAGAGGUUGAGAAGUACAAAGAUUUUAUGCUUAUAGAUGUUGAGGAAGAAUAUCUAAAGCUUCCAUACAAAACGUUGGCAUAUUUCAAAGCAGCAUUUCAGCUUUUUGAUGCAGAUUACUAUAUUAAAGCUGAUGAUGACAUUUAUUUGCGGCCAGAUCGCCUUGCAACUCUUCUGGCUAAGGAGAGAACCCAUUCACUGACUUAUAUUGGGUGCUUGAAGAAAGGACCAGUGAUCACUGACCCUAAGUUGAAAUGGUUUGAGAAAUCAGGGCAUCUGAUUGGAAGUGAAUACUUCUUGCAUGCUUAUGGUCCUAUCUAUGUUCUUUCUGCAGAGGUGGUGGCAUCACUGGCAGUUGCUAGAAAUAACAGUUUGAGAAUGUUUAGCAAUGAGGAUGUGACGAUUGGAUCAUGGAUGCUUGCUAUGAAUGUCCAUCAUGAAGAUAAUAGAGCAAUAUGUGAUCCUCGAUGCACAUCAACGUCGAUUGCAGUUUGGGAUAUUCCAAAAUGUUCAGGUUUAUGCAACCCGGUGACGAAAAUGAAGGAGCUUCACAAGAUCAGCAUGUGUUCCAAAAGUCCAACACUGCCACCUGAUGAUAGGUAGGGCCUGUUUCGCCACAAAGUUACUCUAUUCACGUCAGCACGUAUAAGUAUAUUUUUUGUGGGUGGCUUGCUUAUGGAAGGGCAAUUCGGUUUUUGAAGCUCGUCGGUUGAGGUGCUCUCUCCUCUUUGUUCAACCACUUGGUUUUUGAUGUAAAAUGUUGUAUAAUUGUAUCCCACCUAAUCAUUUUUUUUACCCUUACCCAACCGAGACUUUGUUUCAACUGCCAUUGACAUUAUGUAAGAUACCGAUACAAAUCAUGAGGUACAGAAUACUGCGGAGCUGCUACAUUGACUGUAAAGAACUGUCUGUGAUACUGUAAAGGGGUUUUCGAUUGAACUCACCCCAUCAAAAGAUAUCAAUGGACUUCAAAUGUUGUAUGAAUUUGUUCAAGCUUGAAGUACAAUUCAUGUUGUAUAUGGAAACAUCAAUUGAUUGUAUUAUGUUUCGUAUUGAAUUUAGAACAUGUUUUUUUUUUUUUUGGUUUUUACUAUGUGAAAAUGAGUUGCUUUUACUAAUGAAUUGGUUCAUUCUUUAGA